AUGAACACCCUCGACGUUUUGGUCACCGGUGCCGCGGGGAUCCUGCUCGCGCACUCCCUCAUCAAAAUGAUUUGCGACAGAGAGCCUCAGAGCUCUCCGGCACCAAGCCAGCCACAACGCGACGAGCGACAACCACAACCAACCCUUCGAUGGAGGCCUGCCGUCAAACCGAAAAAGCCGCGAAUUCGUCGCCCCCAUCGAAUUGCGCCAGGCUCCGUCCUCGAUACCUUGCGACGCAACUCUGGCACUUCUUUGUUUGUGCGCCCGCUCUGCUGGACGGAUCAGCAUGCGCAGCUCCUCGGCAUCCAGUUCAACGAGCUUCCGGUUUGCGACACACCCAUGCCCGUGAACGAGCCUGGUUCACCGCCUUCCAAGGGGCACAUGCAGCCCUCGCAAACAAUCAUGACGCUCAGUGACACGCUCACAAACAUUCUGUCGCACAAAAUUGCUCAUCCGCUGGUGGUGUCCAACGCGGUGCGCACAGUCAUGUCGACGCUAUGGCCCGCUUGCUUCCAAUUCUCGUUUCUUGUUCCGGAACUGCACCUGUAUUUCGGAGACAAAGUGUACCGCGAGGUCGCGAGAGCCCAAAUCAUGUGGACAUAUCCUGGCGGCAGUUAUCUACCGUCCCAAAACUCCCUUGAUUCUUCGCAGUCGACACAAUUAACAGAUUCUCACCACGCAUCACCAUCACAAGAGUCUUCGACUCCUCGCAGGCACAGGCUCACUGGCCAGCCCAUGAUUUGCUACAUGGGCAAAGCGCAGUUGGCGUCUAUACGCAGAAACAUGUUUCGCAUCAUGCCUGGUCCGAACGGACAGUACAAUGAGCCCGUGUAUCGCUUACAGCAACUGCGUUCCAAGAAUUUCGAGCCCAAUAAUCCCGACGAAGAUUCUCAUAUUGCGGGCAUCAUGCUUGCUAUGGCACAGAAGCAUUUCUAUUCAAACCCACGUGUCUUGGCCAUCUUUCGUAAAGGAAUCUCGCCAGCCGUGGACGCCAGGCCAUUUUGCGAUCUGAAACUACGCCUCAUGACACACGACACUGAGCGAGCCGAGUUCAUUGUCUAUACGGGCCAUAUGACGACGACCUUUUUGGAACGCUUCCGACGGCCUCACAGGAUGCCUCCUGCCACAGACUCUGACGAAGAAGAUCUUGGUUUGAAGAUUGACUACGUCCGCGUCCCCAUCUGGCCGAUUCUCGGACUCCGCGAGCGACUCGGAAAGGCCUUGGGAGAGGAUCUAGUGGGUUCCUUUGACCCAGAAGCCAUGGAAACAUGGGAAGAAGAUGGCGUGGAGGCCCCCAAGUCCAGCGGCAGCAAGCGGAAACGAACUGCUCUUGCUGAAGUUGUUAACAGAAGCUUCGAAGAGUCAGAAGAGGAUCAGUCUUCUCCCACCCGCAACAAGAAGCAAUGCGUGCGGCAAGGUACCCCGGUACAGGCCGCGGCGUAG